AUGCAAGGACAUACCAACGUCAGCAAGCUUGGUUACGCCGAUGCUGCAUUAUACUCUCGCGAGAAUGGAGAACCACCCUGCAAUGGGGGGACUGCAACAACGGAAUCACGUUUAUUUAGAGACAAGUCCGAGCCAAUGCACUUCUCUAAGAAGAGGGACCAGGACAACAUGAACCUCAGUCACAAAGCCAGAUGCCACAGAGCACACUGUCCAGCCACAAUCCAAGGACCAGUGCUUACGCUGGCUGGAUUUCUUCUUGGAUAG